AUGUCUGGCGUCAACGACAGCUUCCUCAGCGUCGAGAAGCGCCGUCUGCAGCUCGAAGAAAAUAUAGGCCAGCUGAAAAAGACCUUGCAGCAUUGGCAAACCUGGGAUGCAGAAUACGAGGCUCUGAAGGAAGAGGUUGAAGCUGUUGAAGAACCAUACACGUCGGAUGACUUACGCCACAUCCACGAUGAGUUUGAUGGUGAGCUGUUGGUCGGCAGGGAGAUUAACGAGGUUUUCGGUAUUCAGGAGUUGAAGCCUCGGAGUCAGAUUAUCAACGUGUUGCAACGGCGCAUCGACUACGUUGGUAAGAAUGUUGCGAGUCUGGAGAAGCAGUUGGAAGCAGCCGAAGACAAGUACGCUGCUAUUAAUGUGUUGAACCAGCCGGACGCUGUAGAUGAGACUGGCCAAUCCAUCACAGAAAUUAUAGAGGAGUUGGACGAUGAGGAUAAUGUUGUCUCAUAUCGACUCAACCAACCUGAGGAGGCUCUCCCCAAGGUCAAGGAGGCCCUGGAGAAGGCGGGGGUUGACAGCCUUGAAGAAAAAACGCCAGCAGCAGAAGCAAAAUCAAUAGUCUCAUCGAAAGAAAAGAGGUCCAGCCCGGCAUCAUUAGAACCGAAACCCGCAGCCUCACGUCAGCCUGCCCCCUCAGAAACACAUCCUGCGGCGUCAGUCAAGAAGACCGUGUCAUUCUCAGAGGACGUCGAGGUUUCAAACCCACCAGCUGAAAUGUCGAUGAGAGCCAAGCGCGUAGACCGGAUAAUGAGGGCUGCCAAGGAACAAGAAAGCAUCAGUCAUGGAACGCCCAUUAUCCCGGAAGAUGAGGAUCCUGAUGAUGCGGCCCUAAGAAAACAAAUGCUGCAAUAUAGCAUGGGCGAAGUCGGGGCCGUGGUAGCCGAGCUGGAGCUUGAAGACGUCGACUCAGAUGAUGAUAGUGGCUUCGACUACGGUGAUGAUGAUUUUGAUGAUGACGAGGACGAGGACGAGGACCGAUUUGGGAGGUCCACUGGACGUAUCGUGACUGACGAAUACCGUCAGCGUAUGCUCGAAUUGGAACAAAAACUAGGCAUCAAAUCCCGUUUUACCCAGCAGGCGGAGCAGAAAGCGGAGGACGAUGGGUCAAAAGACGACACGGAAGGAAUCGGCCGCAUCGUCGUCAAACGAGAGCCCGAAACAGCACCAUCGGCAUCGAAAUCCGCUCCUUCGAAGUCUAAUGUCAAGGAGAGGAAGAAUGGAGAUGGCGAAGGGAAGAAGGGUGUGAGAUUUGCACAGAAUCUUGAUAUCGCUCCAGAAGACGAAAACCCAAUGUCAAAGCCAGCGAGGGAAACGCCGGUUGUUGAACCUCUAAGUGAUGUUGUUGAGCGAACCACGUCUGCCAACAGUACUGAGACGAAGUCGACUCGAAAGCCGUCAAGGUUCAAGAAGGGUAGAGACAACGUUCCGAACAACUCACUUCCGAAGGGGCCCUUGGACGUUCCCUCUCAAUUGGUGCAGCAGCAGCCUCGAGUCGUCCCUACUGGGCCAGAGGGCUCAACCAUUGUCGACAAGUUGGUUGAGCGAGAUACAUCGGCCAAUGUCAAUAUCCCAGACGAGUUUGACAACUCCAUAACACACCAAGAAGUCGCCGAUGAGUAUCAGCGAAUGCGCAGGAAAUUCAUUCACCGUGAUGGUGGCUUCUUGAAAGAGGACGAGUCGGUCAUUCAGCCACUUGAUGAAGCUGACGGCGGAGAACCCAUGAGCCGCUUCAAGGCUGCCCGUCUCUCCAAACAAUAG